UGUUAAUUUUUCAGAUAGAAGAUGAGUCGUUUAACUUGUCUGACUUGUCAGGUUGGAUUCACAGAUAAUGAACUUCAUAGAAUUCAUUUUAAAGGGGAUUGGCACAGAUACAAUCUGAAGAGAAAGGUUGCCAACCUGCCUAUGGUGACAGCUGCUGAGUUUGAAGUGAGGAAAGAAGCGCACGAAGCGCAGGCGAAAAAGGAGAGUGGAGAUGUCAAACAGCAGUCCACGUACUGUAUUGCUUGCAGAAAAAAUAUAACGAACACGAAGGCUUACGAGAAUCACCUGAAUUCCAAGAAGCACAAGGACAUGGUCCUCAAGGUCGGAGAAGAGGACUUGGGUAGGAUCAAGGAGAAGGCCAAGAUUGUCCUCAAGAAGGAUGUGGUAGAAAAGGAGGGGGAGGAGAACGAGGAUGACGAGGACGAAAUGGAAGUGGAAGAGGUUGACUCCGAUGAGUGGGAGGAGGAGGAGGAUCCAAUUCCAAUUACAGAUUGUGUUUUCUGUUCUCAUCAUUCAGCUAACCUUGACAAUAAUAUCAAACAUAUGAUGGAAGCCCAUUCAUUCUUCAUUCCGGAUCCAGAGUUUCUUAUAAACAUGGAGGGCUUAAUUGAGUACCUUGGAGCAAAGGUCGGACAGGGUCACAUGUGUUUAUGGUGCUGUGAGAAAGGAAAAGCUUUCCAAAGUCUUGGUUCUGUUCAACGCCACAUGCUUGAUAAAGGACAUUGUAAACUCAAACACGAAGGAGAAACUCUCAUAGAGUAUGCUGAGUACUAUGAUUACAGUUCAAGUUACCCUGAAGGAGAAGAUGGGGAGAGUUCAGACCAUUCGCAGGAUACUGAGGUGGAUCUGGAUACACUGGAUGAUACUGGUUUCCAGCUCGUCCUUCCUUCAGGAGCUAAAAUAGGGCAUAGAUCCUAACUUAGAUAUUACCGACAGAGUCUAAAUCCUAACCGAGACCUUGUCCCUGUUGAUAAAUCUACAUCAGGUCGUCUUCUCAAAACCUACAGAGCAUUCGGUUGGAUAGGUGAGCACUCAAUAUCUUAUUAA